CUUCCGCCGCGUGAACACUUGGUCCUUCUAUUUCCUUCCGCUUCUCUACUGCUCUAGGUGCAGCCCGCCCUGAAGAGCACCAAGGGCAGAAGAAAGGCUCUGUUACCGUAAUGUUCCGUACAGAAGGUCUCUCUCCAGCACCUUCUCCUGAGGCAGCUGCAUGAAGAGCAUGGAGGCUGAGGAUCAGACCGAGAAGAUUAGCAUCAGCGCUGAGAGCCCCAGAGGAGGUGACGUGAGGGAGCUGGGCAUCGGGCUGCUCAGCUCUGCGAAGAGCCGCCCAGGCACCUGGAGGCAGAAGUGUGCAGCCUACGUUCUGGCCCUGCGGCCCUGGAGCUUCAGCGCCUCUUUGACCCCAGUAGCCCUGGGCAGUGCCCUAGCCUAUCGGUCCCAUGGAUCCCUAGACCCAGGGCUGCUAGUGGGCAGUGCAGUGGCUGUCCUGGCUGUGCAUGGAGCAGGUAACUUGGUUAAUACCUACUAUGACUUCUCCAAGGGCAUUGACCACAAGAAGAGUGAUGACCGGACAUUGGUGGACCAGAUCUUGGAGCCUCAGGAUGUGGUCCGGUUUGGGGUCUUCCUCUAUACUCUGGGCUGUAUCUGUGCUGGCUGCCUCUAUUGUCUCUCCACUCUCAAGUUGGAGCACCUGGCCCUGAUCUACUUUGGGGGACUUUCCAGCUCCUUCCUUUAUACUGGAGGAAUUGGAUUUAAAUAUGUUGCACUUGGUGACUUGGUGAUCCUCAUCACAUUUGGGCCCCUGGCUGUCAUGUUUGCCCAUGCAGUGCAGGUUGGUUAUCUGUCUGUCUCACCGCUGCUAUAUGCUGUCCCACUAGCCCUCAGCACUGAGGCCAUCCUGCACAGCAACAACACACGGGACAUGGAGUCUGACCGGCAGGCAGGCAUUGUCACCCUGGCUAUUCUCAUUGGCCCCACGUUUUCCUACAUGCUCUACAACACGCUGCUCUUCCUGCCGUACCUGAUUUUCUGCAUCUUGGCCACACGUUACACCAUCAGCAUGGCGCUGCCACUACUUACCAUUCCUAUGGCCUUUUCGCUGGAGAGGCAGUUCCGGAGCCAGAGCUUCAACAAAAUUCCCCAGCGGACAGCCAAGCUUAACCUCCUGCUGGGGCUCUUCUAUGUUUUUGGUAUUAUACUAGCACCAGCAGGCACGCUGCCCAAACUGUAAUGACGAGAGCUGCUGUAGCCCCAUGACUUGAGUGUUAAUGCCAGAGCUUGGAGUGCAAGUGGGAAGUUUGUUAUGGAUGGGGCCAAAGCAAGAAGGCUGACUCGAACUGGUGACUCCAUGUGAAUCUUAUGGGCUUUGGUCGUGUUGAGAUAAGCAGUUUCUCUUGUACAAGAGACUUCCGAUGGUGUCUUAGGAACUUUUUCUCUGGAAAGAGGGUUGAAUUGACUGUGUCUCUGGCUUUCUCUCGGUGCUUAUUGCAAUUCACCAUGUGAGCAGACAGACAUUUCAAGGACUUGAUGCUACUGCCAUUGAUUUCAAAGGGACUUUCACUAUUAACUUCAGUAAGAGCAGGGUUGAGCCUUAAAUGUGAACUGUCCCUUCCCCGAUCUGUGAAUCAUCCCCGUACAACAUGAAGGGGAUUCAGCAGCUCCACCCCUAUGCUGUAACACAUGAAAGUUGCCAAUGAAUGUUUUAUUUUUGUCAGCAUCACGGUAAAGCAGAUGGUGCUACUUCACUCCUCUUGAUAAACUUCAUCCUCACCACCUAGUCUGUUUUGGCUCUCACUCAUAUUUCCCCAUGGUCACUGAACCCUGUUCUUCAUUGGGAGAUAUUUUUAUUCCCUGUGUGAAAUGGCGAGUGUUGAUGUAAGGGCUCUUUGCAGGACUCCCUUGAAAUGUCCAGAUUGACUUGAUCUAGACCUUGUUCUAGAACUCUGACUGCCAGGAGCACAGUGUUCCUGAGCCCGAGGGGAAGGUAUUAACAGGACACAAGGAGCCUUUUAGUUGUGAUCAGUAAAGUCCAGCAGGGUGUGCAGUGUGGCAUAUCCACCUUGGGCGUGUUAUGGCAAUGAGAGGUUACUCACCCAAAAGGGGUGAUUGCUGUUCAGUGCUGCAUGUAAUGGAGGAGUUAACAAGUAUAAAAUGGAACUGGCACCGAGGUGUUAUAUAGGUGGCAUCAAAGUGUUCAAAUGGUUUCUGGUGACUUAGCUGCCGGUUGUGAUUGCUUCACAGCUGGACACUGUUACUUGGGAGCAAUCUUAGCAGGCAGGUGACAGCUUUCACCAGCCUCAGAUUCAGUUAUUAAAAUAGGGUGAUGCCUGGAUCAGACUUUCGCUCCAGGCUGCCCAGGGAAAACAGUAAGGCAAGACUGGUUUAAGCAGCCAGUCUGCUGCUUUGUACAGUAGAGAACCUGGCUUUGGUUAGAAAUCCAGUCAGAAGGGGUUGAUCUCGGCUGGAGGGAGAGAGGCAUCUAGCAAUACUUGGCAGUGAUUUUCUGGGAAAAUGCACACUUCCUAUUUUCAGUGCGGGCUUAAAGCUCCAAUGGGCUGGUGGUGAGCAUUUGUCAAAGAACCAACUCUGCCUUCUGCCAAGCACAUUCUGUCUCUCAGACUGAUGGCGAAAUCAACCCCAGUGGUAGAGAGAGCUAUUUCCUAAUAGAGCCCAUUCUGCAAGAUGGAGUGGGUUGAUCCGGUUAAUCCCAGGGUUGUAUUGUUUGUAGGUCUCUCAGCAGAUACAUCCUGUGCCCUGUUCUUGCUUGUUAUAGGACGAUAUGUCUAGCUCUUGCAUAGCUAUAGUUUAAUGGGGAUUGAUGUGGCAAUUUUUUAUGCAUGUUCCCUAAGCCAUGUUGCUUCUGACAGGCAGAAUGUGAACAAGAAAUUUGAGAGCUGUAGCUCUUAUGGUGAAUAGUCUCGGAAAUGGCCCGCGAUGGAACAGCAACACGUAACACUAUGGUUGAUCUCUUCCUUCCAAAAAGGGAAAAGACUCCUGGUUAGAAAGUCUGUCUGCUAGUGGGAAAGACUGGUGCUAUUGCCCCAGAGCUGGAGUGAGAGGUGACCCAUUUCAUGCGUUUGUGGCGCCAUUUUCUUGGGCAUUCCAAGUGAUUUACAGAUGCAAGGAUUAGAAGGAAACGUGUGCAGACUGCUUCCAUUCAUAAGCAGCAGCAUACAUAGCAGACUUUGGAAGUCUUAGCGGUGUGGGGUGAUCUGUGUAUGGUAAAGGAGCUGGAAAUGCCUGGAUUCUAAUCCUAACCAUCUCAUUUGUUUCCCCCCAGUGGCCUUGGGCAAGCCACUUAAUUUCUCUGUGUCUUGGUUUUUCCAUCUGUAAAAUGGAGCUUACCGUUGCCUACCUCACUGGGUGUUGUGGGGUUAAUGUCAUUUGAUAAAGAACUUUGAAAGUAAGAAGUGCUAUAUCUAUGCUGGGUAUUUUCUCAGGCAUUCUGCUUCUCCAGCCUUACUUAUAUGGGAAGAUCUUUUUGGUAUAACAUAAGGUGGUGAAUUUAAACCAGCAAAGUUGUACCAGUAUUACACCAUGCAUAUGCUCUUAUUCUGGUAUGAGAAGCCCCUUUUUGGUUUAAUUUAUGUUGUUUGGGACAGGAUUUAAGCUAAACAAAAACCAGGCUUGUGUGUCCACAUGGGGGUUUAUAUUAGCAUCACUGGUAAAACUUUCCAUAUAGACAAACCCUAAGGCAACUGGUCUUGUGAACUGAGGAUAUUGGAUGGCCAGCACCUCUUCUGAUCAUAGGCCUUUUCAGCCUCUUGCGAUAAGCUGUAUUGCUGCAUGCUGAGUCCCUGCUGGUAGCCGAGCAGAUCUGUAUUAAAUGGCCAUCAUAUGUAUUAAAUGGCCUCCUGACCUCUCCUCUCGCCCAGGCAGAGGUUCAGUGAGGUGUGUAAAUGUUCCAUUUUUAACAGGCCAUGGCUAAUUAUUUUAAACGGCUCUGUGUUACAUCUCCGGGUUUGGAUCUUCUGGGAGAAUGUUUCCUAUGGACACUCCUCUAUAAAGCUUUGACAUAGAAGCACUGGAAAGCACACACCCUAGGUACGCAUGAGGUAGGUGCCUUUGACCAUAAGAGCCCCCUUGUGAACCAAGCAGCCCUGUCCUUGUAUGUUGAGGGAUAAUCAGUUCAAUUGAAAGGGCAAACAUAUGUUUGAGGGCAGAUGUUAAUAGGUUUUGGUGAUCUAAUCUAUCAACAGAGUCUACUUUGGAAUACAGCUUUCUAUGCAGGGUACUGUUGAGCCUGAGCAUUUGUAAUACUGAGACAGACUUCAAUUGAACUUUGUCUUUUUAAUAAAGAUAAACUUGCUUAUCAA